CUUGAUUUAUUUUAUUAGCAGUAGUUAUAAACAAAAACAGACGAGCUAUACUUUGUUUUGAAGAACAAACCCUAUUCCCUUAUUUAUAUAAUAAGAAUAAACAAACAAAAAAAAAAGGGAUAAAUGGCUUUAGCUUCUUUUCCUCUUAUUAUUCGACGUUGGAGAAGGUCCAGCUUAUAUCAUGUUGAGUAUUCAAAAUAUUCUCAACUACAAGAAUAUUUAACCGAGGAAGAUUUUUUGUCUCGAAUGAAUACGAUAAAUAAGCAUAUCUAUAACGAAUACCCACAUACAUGGAUUGAUACUUAUUUAUUUAUUAUUGCUGUUAUACUUGUCAUUGUUGCUGCAGCUUUUUCAGUUGUUGCUCGCGCUAUUACUUUAUCUAUGUGGUACCCUCUAAUCAUCUUAAUUAUACCUGCCAUCAUUGCUUUCAUUACAACUAAAAGAAGAAACGCUUAUUAUGAUAGACUGAGUGACUAUUAUAGCUCACUACAAAGUUGUUUAAAAGAGAUGAAUUCUAUAGAUGUUACACGACAAAUUAAAUGGAAUUUUCGUAGAUUAAAAGAAGUAGAUACAGCUGUAGCAAUGAAUUUACAACCUCCAUUAUCGAAAUAUCGUAUUAAUUUUGUGAUCGAUAUCAUUCAAAUUAAUGUAGAAAAUGAGUUAUUAGCAGAAGAGGGAGAAGCACUACCUGCUUAUGAUCUGGCUAUUAUAAGAGAUACUGUGCUUGAUAUUGGGCCUGAAGUGGAACAAGUACCUGGAAACAGGUCAAACUACAUUACUGCGCCUUCCUCAGCUGCACUGGUCAUGUUAUCAGACCCAUCUUCUACAUCUCCUUUAAGAUUACAGCCACCAGCAUAUCAUGAACAUCGAUCGAUAAGAACGGAUGAUAAUGUAGAACUUGCCUCCAUCUAUUAUCCACCUCCUGCCUAUAUAUCAAACGAAGAAAUCAUUAAUGCGCCGCCUAAUACUGUAACUUCUUCUAUGACUACUGUUAAUAAUCGAUAGAAAACCUCUUCACUCUCUCUGUAUAAUUUAUUUAUAAUUGUAUAUUUCUUCUUCUCUCCCUAUCUUAAAUGUGUAUAUUGGACAUUUAUCUACUAUUCUAAUCAGAUUUUCAAUUAGAUCUGAACGUGAUUCUUUAUAUAAAUAUUUAUAUGCAGUCUGCAGGGCUUUAUCAUGCAAGAGCCUGAAGUGUACCUCAACAUAUUUUUUUUUUACUAGAUUUACUACACUACGUUCUUCAUAAGCAUUAUUUCCUUCAACUCUCCCUUCUCCUUUCUUCCUUUCUACUAUAAAUAUCCGUUUUUUUUUAUAAAUAAAUAAAUAUGUACACAAUAAUACAACCCUUUAUUUCAUUGACAUGUUUUUUUUUUCUAACAAUAAAAUAGU